UGCUCGGUGAAAACUCGUACUUGAGUUUCGCAGAGUGUGGACGGGCUAUCAGUUGAUAGCAAUUUGGCAGUGAACUAAACAAAGCCAAACCAAGGCUGCACUGGUCCAGUUUACUUUAGAUUUCAAAUGGAUGCACACCUACGGCGGCUUUGGGUGUAACAACCCAGCGAAGAAGUUUACGCUUUCCUUUGCUCCGUUGUGAAAACAAUUUCCACUGUAAUAUCCUUAUGCAAGAGUCGAUUUAAUCGUAUUAGCAAUCCAGCUGUUAAAGCAUACAGACCACGAAGAAUUGUUCUAACAAGUGCGAGAAGGCUCGAGUUCUGUUCUUUGGUGAAGUGUUGUGUUGAAGCCAGAAACGAUGUUCUACCUGCAGAUGUUUUUGAUGGGAUUUGGCGUGUAUGCCACGUUCCUUUGGGCAUACAAUACGUUCCUGGAGUCAUUGUUGGGCAUCGUGUGGGGAACCAUAAAAGGGUGGUUCAGUAAUAAACCACUGACCGAGAAAUAUGGACCGUGGGCAGUUAUCACCGGCGCAACGGAUGGCAUCGGCAAGCGGUAUGGCGAAAUUUUGGCGAGCAAGGGCAUGAACAUUGUGCUGAUUUCACGCAGUGAACCAAAACUGAUGAAAGUGGCAAACGAGAUUUACGAGCGCUACAACGUUCAAACCAGAUGGGUUGCAGUGGACUUCUCCAGGGGACCAGAAAUCUACAAGAUGAUCAAGGAACAAAUCGAAGGGCUGGACAUUGGUAUUCUUGUGAACAACGUGGGAUAUUACCCCACCGUGCGAACCUUUGACCUCAACUCUGACGACGAAAUUAUCUCAACGAUCAACAUCAACAUCUUGAGCACAUCCAUGAUGUCGCGAAUUGUGCUUCCUGGAAUGAAGUAUCGUAAACGAGGAAUCAUCGUUAACAUUUCUUCCACAUCCUGUUAUCGGCCAGCUGCUUACUUGAACAUGUACGCAUCGGCCAAGGCCUUCGUCACCAACUUCAGCUUGGCCUUGAACCAUGAACUGCGUGGGAGUGGCGUCGAGUGUCAGGUGGUGACUCCCGGAAUGGUGCACACCAACAUGAUCAAGAAGUUCGAAGGUGACGUUCCGUGGUACAUCUCGAUUACGACGUCGGAUUCGCUUGCCAGUUUUGGAGUUUUCACGCUCGGGAAGACUUCCCAUACGACCGGCGGUUGGAUGCACGCUUUUCAGGUGUCCUGGCAGGAUUUGCUACCAUUGUCGUUGGGAACGUUCUUCAUUUCCCUCAUUACUAAAAAGGCAGUUGGCAAAUAAGCUGCUGCCGUUAGUAUUGAUUAUUGUUGAUAUGUAAGCUUUACUUCUACUUAAUUCACUUAAACAAUGUGAUCCUUUUAUGUCCAGUAGAUCAGGUACAUGAACCACUAAGGUAUUCAUAUUCGAAUACAUUUUUGAUAUAGCCAGCAGCAUCUCAAACAAAAUCAAGAGCAAGACAAGCAAGUUUUAAUUAAUCUCAACUACUUUUAUACUCAAGAUUUCCAAAUGUGGGUAAAACUUUUUGUAAUUUUUACAGUAUAAGUGAAUAACUUAGUAAAUUUUCAAUCUCUGUUAAAUCUCAAAAAGUAACAAGGAUCAAUCAAAAAAGCAAAUUUCUUUGAACAAAUUUAGACUUUUGGUUAAAAUUAAAAAAAAAUGGUUCCAUUAAGUUUUUUUUAGAGCGAAUCCAAGUAGUAUUUACAAUAUCGAGAAAGACUUUAAUCUCACAUUCUCACUGCUAGAUGGCAUUCCAAACUUCUGAAAAUGGAUUCUUGUUGAAAAUUGUGUGCCUUAUAAGUAUGACGAAGGUUACAAAGUCGAAUGGAGUAACAUCAAAAACAAUGUUAGCAAUAUACGAUGAAUUGAUAUUAAGGUGAAGAUGAAUCAAAGACAAACCUCAAAUUUUCAAGAG